AUGAUCAUUGGACGAGGCCUUCUGGGCGGCAUUGCCACCGAUCUAGAAGACGGAACCAAGCACCUGCUUACAGCUGCACUUCCCGGCAUUGUUGUACCACCGACAACAACGGCCAGUGCGAGCUCCGUUUUCGAGAGCGCCGCAUCCGAGAGCACCAAUCCCACGAGCACCUCCAAGGCGAGCCGGAUCACAGCCAGCGCUGACGGCGGCCUCACCAACAAUGCUGGCAAUGGCAAGGGAAAGGGCAACGGGGCAAACACAACCACUUCAGAAGCUGCUAGCACCGAGAGCAUCUCAAGCCAAUCAGCACCAACAUCAUCCGAUGCCAUGACAACAACAUCCACGUCUGCUUCUACGAACGCCGCUGCCACCACAUCUCCUACCACGUCUUCUACUACAUCUUCUACGACGUCUUCUGUCGCCUCUCCUUUCGCCUCUUCCAGCAACACUUCCGCCCACUCUUCUGCCGUCUCUUCUUCUGUCUCUUCGGUCACCUCCUCUGCCACCUCUACAGCUGCCUCUACAACUACCUUUUCUACUUCUACAAUCGCAAGCUCCAGCACGACACUGUUGACAUCCGCCAGCGCAGAACCAGCGUCGACAAGUCCCGCGUCGUCUGCCAGCGCCACGUCCACGUUCGCAACUAUUGUCACUCGCAAGCCGGCCGUCGCCGCCACCACGGCCUCGCCCAUUCUCUCCCCCGCAACUGCCGUGUCUUCCAUCGUCGCCACCAUCUCGGCCGCUACCACAUCGCUAGCGGCCGAGGCUGAGACCAUAGAAGCCAAGGCCAAAACUAGCAGCGGCGGCGGCGGUGGCAUGUCCAAGUCCAUUUUGGCCGUAGUCAUCACCGUGCCCAUUGUAGUGGUAGCAUUGGCGGUCAUUGGCUUCAUGCUGUUCCGGCAGCGCGCCGGCCGCGGUUGGCGCAAGAGGAACACGAGGGCGUACGAUGAGGAGUUUGAGAGCUUGAAGAAGAAGCACAAUGAAAAGUUCAGCGUCACGCAAAACUACUAA